AUGUCGAACAAACAGGCCCGGGUGCCCUUCUGCAAAUUCCUGCUGGAGGGCAAGUGCAAGAGAGGGAAGGAUUGCAAAUAUCGGCAUCAUGGACCAGAACGGCCAACCGCGACAGCAUACGGAUGCGAGCUUUGGGGCCCCGCCGAAGCAGCUUGGCCAUCCAUCAAUCCCCAUGGUCCACCUGGCACAUUCACAACAAUGAUCGAUGACUCCUUCCAAGCGACCUUCUCAGCAGGACUUUUGACCACGAACGUACAACCCCUGAGUGCUUUGAAGCCCAAGCUACGCGUAGAUCUCGUGACGUCAAUGCUCGAGGUCACUUUUUUCAUGCCUUCCCGAAAUAUCUGGACACACUAUGGCAAGAAGGAGGAUGCGGAAGUUGUGGCAAAGACCCUGGACAAGACGGUCUUGCGUGGUCUCACAUUCGCUUGCAGUGUCAAGGAGUCGACAAAGGGUCGUUUGUGGACCGUGCAGAUGACAAACAUGACAGACGACUUUGAUGAGGCGUUCAUCCGCGGCCUUUUGCCGCAUACCGUGUCGAAUCCUAAAGCUGUCGUCUUCGGUCCGCUGACUUACGGCGCUCUCGUGUCGCCAUUCAAUGUAUUGGAAAAGAAGAUUGGCGAGUUUACUAUGCGCCAUAUCCUCGGCAACGACAUCAAAGCCAGCAAAAGCCGUCUGAGAAGUGUCAUUACACUAGAGUUCGAAGGCUUCCCGAACCUGGCGUCGCUUGCAGCCAGCCUCAAUGGUCAAAACGUUUCUGGGCUCGGUGACUGCAAAAUCUGGGCGUCCGAACGACUGCGGGUCGUUCUGAGCAUCGAUCGUGAGAGCUACUUCUACCGUUCGAAGCAGCUCAAGCGAGUCUCUACCAACGUCUGGCGAGAUCUCAAGGUGUCGGUACAUAUCGACGACAAGGAUGUUGGAGAGAAUCCUCUCUACGGGUCAGGGAAGACGGUCGACGUUACGCUAUGCGGCACAAGCCGUACAAACAUUGGGCUGGCAAAGGCAGCCAUCAACGAGGUCUGUGCCAAAGCUGUGGACUUUCAUCUCGACUACACUCGACCAGUCGGAGGUGUCCAGACGCAUCGGCUGCGGCUUACUAAGACGAAAGCAUACAGAGAUGCCGUAAAGACUGGUGGAGGGUUUGAGAGAGCUCAGCGCGCCGUGGGAUCUGAUCUAGUCAGUCUUGACGAGGAGUCGGACCCGCCAGCCAUUAUCGUCAAGGGUGAUGCGACGGUGGUCUCGAUUGUGAAGAAAGCACUCAGUGUCAACGCUUCAGCCACAGAUGGUGCCCUGACUUGCCCGAUAUGUCUUGAUCUAAUCAAGAAGGCGGUGGUCAUGUACGGCUGCGGUCAUGUGUGCUGCAAGGAUUGCUUCGCUAAGUACUGCGCGACGGCCACAAUUGCUCAAGUUCCGCUUCGCUGCUUCAAUACAGGCUGCGAAGUCUUGAUGCCAGUACAACUGGUUCGCGACAAUCUGGACAAGGAAGCGCUGUACAAAGUCCUCAGCUUAGCGGCGGUGAAUCAGAUGCAGACUCGCCCAAAGCAGUAUCAGCAAUGCGCCGGCCCAAGCUGCAAAGCUUUCUUCGACAUCGAAGCCGGGGGUGAGAGCCUCUGCCCGUCCUGCUUCACGAUCACUUGCGUGGGGUGCAAGGUCGAAAUGCACUUCGGCGAGAGCUGUUCGGACUACAAGGGGCGCGCGAAUGGUCACCUUGGUGCACUACAGAAAUGGAUGGACGAGAACAAGUGCAAGCGCUGUACGAAGUGCGAUGCUGCCGUGCAGAAGGUCGACGGCUGCAACAACAUGCGCUGCAGUGGGUGUAGGUCAGACUUUUGCUGGAAGUGCAUGAAGAUCUUUGACGGCCAUAAAGAUGUCUAUGGUCAUCUUGUGAGCGAGCACGGCGGCUAUUUCGAUCCUGGCGAAGGGUGGGUCGUGGAUGACUAUGUGAUCGUUCUGCAUGAGGAAGAAAGUUAA